CCCAGCCCGAAGCCUUUCAUCUCUGCUGCAGCUCGUCACGGGGAGGUCCUAAUCUACUGGUGCAGCUGGGAGCAUUUUACCACGUGAUUCGAGCGAUGUCAGCGCAGUCAUCACCAUUUCACCUAAUUCACGCCGGGGGCUCAAACGGUAGAAAGUGACACGGCCGGGGAAAGAGGGAUGAAGUAGGAAGACGAAGACCCUGAAACCCGACCCGGUUCUCUGCCGCUGAUCUCCGCCUCACGACUCAAACAAGCUGUCCAGACGGGGUCUCGGCGCCUCAGGUCGGUGGUCAGACACGGCACAGCCAGCGGGCGUCUCGGGCCGCAGCAGCACGGCGGAGGAGAGGCUCUGAGGCCGAACACUCCCCCCAUUAGUCUGUGAGGCGGGGGGAGGAGGAGGAGGAGGCGGGCCACCCGGAGCUGCUACACCCGCCUGGAGCAUGGGGCAGAAAGUCCCAGGUGGCAUUAAAACUAUUGACAUGCGGGAUCCGGCGUUCAGCCCCCUGACACUGGAGCUGCAGGCCCUGAGCCACACCAAGCCGUCUCGACUGGACCUCCUGCUGGACAUGCCGCCCGCCAGCCUGGACACCCAGGUCCAGCACUCGUGGAACAACGACGACCGCUCCCUCAACGUCUUCGUGAAGGACGACAACAAGCUGGUGUUCCACCGGCACCCGGUGGCGCAGAGCACGGACGCCAUCCGGGGCCACGUCGGCUACACCAGGGGGCUGCACGUGUGGGAGAUCAACUGGGCCAUGCGCCAGCGGGGCACGCACGCCGUGGUGGGCGUGGCCACCAGCGACGCGCCGCUGCACUCGGUGGGCUACACGGCGCUGGUGGGCAGCAACUCCGAGUCCUGGGGCUGGGACCUGUGCAGGAGCAAGCUCUACCACGACGGCAAGAACCUGCCGGGGAAAACCUACCCGGCCUUCCUGGAGCCGGACGACACCUUCAUAAUCCCGGACUCGCUGCUGGUGGUCCUGGACAUGGACGAGGGCACCCUGGGCUACAUCGUGGACGGACAUUACCUGGGCGUGGCUUUUAGAGGACUCAAAGGCAAGAAGCUGCACCCCAUAGUGAGUGCCGUGUGGGGACACUGUGAAAUACGAAUGCGGUACAUAAAUGGACUCGACCCUGAACCUCUCUCGCUGAUGGACCUCUGCAGGCGCUCGGUGAGGGUGGCGUUGGGACGAGACCGGCUGAAUGAAAUCCACAGACUUCCCCUGCCAGCCUCCCUCAAGAACUACCUGCUCUACCAAUGACGAAGCCGGGUGACUCAACCCACCCAGCACUCCCUCGUUUUCUCUCUCUGGGAUCGUCCUUGGGUUUAAACCCGUUUGGCAGCAUUACUGAGGCCUCCAGGACUGACUAGGCCGCCUGCGUGAAUUAGCAAGUACACUUCUCUGUCAGUGGCAAAAACUCCUCUGGAGUUUCUUAUCCUGUUUUUAUGACUCUUUUCAACUGUAAUCUUUAACUUUGUCAAAUCAGGAAUCAUUGAGUACUAUGCACACACCGAUCCGGCCGAUGCCCUGACAGUCACCACGUCGGUGAACCGCUUCUAGCUUGUAGGUUGGCGAGGCAUCUGCCGCCGCGACCUCCAAGCUCCUCCUUCGGUUAUGCAUUCCUGUCUUGUAGCCUUGGAAAUCUGAAUGAAACCCUGAAAUGAGGCGCUGGGGGGGGGGAGACGUGGAACACGGUGCACUGCUGUUAUCUGACCACCAGGUGGCAGUAGAGCUGCGUCAAAUCGAGCAUCAUAAAGUUCUGGGUUUUAGAAAUGGUUUUUAAAGGCUUAUUGGCUCGUUCACAUGACACAGGAGAGGCGAUGAGCGUUUUAUAGAGAGCUCCUGGUUCACUGUGAAUCCGUGGAAACGCAGCACCGACCACUCGCUGCGCUCAGGUUCCUCCGUAACACGGCCGCCCGCGCGUUCUUCUGCAGAAAGAUAAUGUCACUGUGAUUAUUUGUAGCAUGCACCUGCAGGAAACUCUUCUCAACAGACUCCUUUUUAGCGUUUUUUUUUUUUUUCCUCCCGUUGCUCCUUGUUUUAUUGGUGCGGUAGUUUUCAGCCACGUGCCUUUGGGGCCCAAGAGCGUUUUUUUUAAACUCGUGUAAUCUCCAUGUUCUGAGCACUGGUUUGCACAUCUUAAAACAAAGAAUGGAGGUUAGAAAAAUAAAAUGGACAUGUAAAUGUUGGCUGGCUCUUGGGUCCCACUGGCAGAUAACAGAACAUCUUUGUCUUGUGUUUAUGAAAUGUAUAGAUGGGGGUCAGGGUUUUUUUUUUUUUUUUUCUUUUUUUUUUUUGGAGGUGCCUGACUUUAAGCGUUGGUUUUAAAGCACCGUAUUGACAGAAAGCGACAAUCUACAAUGUGCUGCACAAACAUAAGGAAAGUAGGUCAGAUGGGCAACAGUUUGUCAAAUGCCAUAUCAUCAUCUUGUCUGUUUUUAAUUGUGUAUAAGUGGUACACUUUACUUUUCCUUGCUUGCUUCCACUUGAUUUGUAUUACUUGGUGUAUAUUUGUUUGUAUCUAUUAAAGAUUAUUUCACAGUA